AAAAAACAAAAAUUCAAAUUCUCGCACGCACUCACGCACUACCGGGGGUACACGAUGUCGUUGUGUUUUACAGAAACGACGGACGUUCUGCGUCUGGUGAACACGGAAGGGAGACGGCAAAUUACGGAGAAUCGUAAGAAUGAGCGGAAGCGUAUAGAGGCGGACUCCGAGGACGAGCGCCUAACUAAGGAGCCUCGACUUACUCAGCAAUUCACCCCCGACGAGUUGGAGAACUAUCGGAACGUUUUUCGUUUGAAGUUAAUGAGGAUGUUCUGUGAGAUACUUUCCACAGUAAAAAGUUGCUCUUCUUAUGCUGACAAAAUUAUACAAGAUGGAUUUGUUCCCGACUUUGUUGAGUUCCUAUCAAGGAAUGAUUUCCCAGAGCUCCAGUUUGGAGCUGCCUGGGCACUUGGAAAUAUUGCAUCUGGUACUUCUCAUCAUACUAAAGUGGUGGUCGAUCAUGAUGCUGUGCCUACUUUUAUAAAGCUCCUCAGUUCUCCGUGUUCUGAUGUUCGUGAGCAGGCUGUAUGGGCACUGGGAAACAUUGUGGGCGACUCUUGUAAGCAUCGCGAUCUUGCUCUGAAAGAAGGGGUUUUGCCUCCAUUGCUGGCACAAUUGAAUGAGCAUGCAACACUGUCAAUGCUAAGAAAUGUGACAUUGACGUUGUUAAACUUCUUUCGAGUCAAACCUCAACCUCCAUUUGAGCAGGUGCGUUGUGUACUUCCAGCUCUUCACAUACUUAUCAAUUUUGAUGAUGACCUGUGCUUGCUCUCAUCUGCAUGCUGGGCUCUGUCAUAUCUUUCUGUCGGUUCAAAUGAUAAAAUCGAAGCUCUAAUGGAAGCUGGCUUAUAUCCACGACUUGUGGACCUACUCAAACACCCAUCACCUGCUGUGCAAAUUCCUGCAAUCCGCACUCUCAGUAAUAUAGCAAGAGAUAAUUAUCAAAGGCGGGCAGUGAUUGAUGAUAAGUUGAUUGAACCUUUAAUUUAUUUGCUACAAACUGCUGAGUUUGCUACGAAGAAAGAAGUUGUUCAGGCUGUCAUAAAUAUCAUUUCUGGUCGAAGUGGCAGGAUUGUGGGUUUGCAGGACUUUAUAGAGACCUUAUGUGAUCUUCUUGAGGACCAUGAUCCUAGGAUCAUUACUGUUUGUCUGGAGGGACUUGAAAUCAUAUGUAGUGAAGAGAGUAAAUGCACUACCGACUUCAAUUUUGUCGCCAAGUUGAUUGAUGAAGCUCAAGGCCUGGAUAAAAUCAAGGCCUUGCAGAGCCACGACAACGAUGAAAUCCGACGGAAAGCUUUGGAGGUAUGGGAUCCAAUGUAUAACGAGGCACGAAACGUAUGGAAAUUCUUUGAACAGUUGGGAGACCUUUUUCUUUGGUGCUAAUGCUUCUGUUAUUGUUGGAGUUUUGGUUCUCAAAAGUGUUAAGCAGGACCCGUCUGUAUAUA